UGGCGAGGAUGCGGGCGCCCGCGGGACGGAGAGACCCGGUGCAGCGCAGCCCUCCGAACUGCAGCGGAAGGGACGGGAGGACCAAGAGGGGGAAGCUCGCGGGGCUGAGGCUGAGGGGCUAGGGCGUGCACGGAAGAGUAACGUCUGAAGGCUGCACAGGGAGCGAGAGAAGGGCGCUGGACCACUUCGGCUCUUCAGGAUUGUACUGUACUGCCUAGAAUGGACUGCUGGCGGUGCAGCACGAACGGUGAAGGGAGGAAGAAAACCCACUGUCCUUACUUCCCGUUUGCCAACUGCACUUUCAAAACGCACGUGCCUUCUAAAAGGAAAUGUCGGUGCUGGAGGGACAAGUUCUGCCCUAAGCAGAAAAGAAAUAUAACGCAGUUUUUCAAUUUGCUGUUGGCUUGGAGGGUAGGGACGGAGGGCUUUGGUGCUGUUCGUAUUCCAAAAAACAAUGCAUUUGGUUCAUAUAGCAGAAAAUGCUGGAAGCAUGAGCAGUUGUGUGGAGAAUCGUUUCUGCCAAACUGCAGUUUGCUCGAAAACAAUGACUUAAGUUGGUUUCCUGCCUUGUUAUUCUUUAGAUUUUGUGAGCGCUUUGUGGCACUGUAGAUCCCUACCCACUGCCAAAGAUGUAUAUGCAGGUCGAAAGUCAUUCAAACUCACUCCUUCACUUGAAGAGAUUCCCUGGCAUCAGAUCUUGGUCUGUCCUUGUAGGAAUUUCCUCUGUUGGCUUGGCUGCUGCUUAUUAUAGCGAAGAUAGCUUGGGAUGGAAACUUUUUUAUCUUGCUGGCUGUCUCUUUGUAGCUGUGCAAAAUCUGGAGGAGUGGGAGGAAGCUAUAUUUCAGAAAGAUGCAGGAAAAGUUUACUUAAAGUCAUUCAGCCUUUACAAAAAGCUGCUGACCUUUUCAAGAGCUGGCCAUGAACAAGUAGUGGUUGUUCCAUUGGAAGAAAUACAAGCUGUGAAUGUGGAAGAAGAGAAGGUUCGUUACUUUGGGAAGGGAUACCUAAUUGUAUUGCGAUUUGGCACUGGAUUUUCACACCCUCUGACACAGAGUGCAGUGAUAAACUGCAGAAGUGAUGUCGAAGCUGUGGCCAACCUCAUUAUUGGCUUCCUUGAACUGAAUGAGUUGCCGAUUGAAGAAUGCCUUGAUAACAGUAGUGAAACAGAUGUUAGUGAUUACGAAGAUCAAGCCAAGGACAAAUAGUUGCAUGAAGUCCAAGACAUGGAAACCAAACCUUCUCUGAAUGUAAAAUAGAUCUUCCAGAGAGAGUAUUGGUUCAUAGACUUCAGAUGUGGAGCGUGCUGUUUCUCAACAACUGCACUUCUGCAGGAGGAGCAGU